GUAUUAUAAUUAUUCACAUGGUGUUCUUGUUUGACGAGCCUUUGGAAUACUUGCUUUUGAUUUAAAGUUUCUUUAGUCUGAUUGAUAUUGUUUUCUCGAUCGGUAAAACAAAAAAAAAAAGAUUAAGAAAAGAUGACAAGCAAAUCGAUUUUGGUGAUUGGAUCCGGCGGUCGUGAGGAUGCGAUUUGUUGGAAACUCGCACAAAGUAAUAAAAUUGAUAAAUUGUUCGUGUUGCCAGGCAGUUUUCACAUUGGAAAUCGGCCAAAAGUUGAACUAGUGAAAGAUAUUUCGGUCAAAGAUCAUGGUGCAAUUGUUAAAUUUUGCCAAGAUCACGGAAUCAAUUUGGUUGUUGUUGGACCAGAAGAUCCAUUGGCAGAUGGCAUCGGUGAUUCGCUGUGUACAGCGAAUAUUAAAUGUUUCGGACCCAAUUCGGAUGGUGCACGCAUUGAAUCGGACAAAUCAUGGUCAAAAGAAUUCAUGAUUGCUGCCAAAAUUCCAACCGCACGCUACGAAAGCUUCGACAAUGUCGAUGCAGCCAAAUCAUUCAUUAAGAGCGCUUCAUAUGAGGCACUUGUCGUCAAAGCCAGUGGAUUAGCAGCUGGAAAAGGAGUUGUUGUUGCCAAUACUAAAGAAGAGGCUUGUGAUGCAGUCGACGAAAUUUUGGGCGAUAAGAAAUAUGGUGCAGCUGGUAGUAAAAUUGUUGUUGAAGAAAAACUUAGCGGCGAAGAAGUUUCGCUUUUGGCGUUUGUUGAUGGUGAUUCGGUGAAAGUGAUGUUGCCGGCUCAAGAUCACAAGCGAUUGAGUGAUGGUGAUAAUGGGCCCAACACCGGUGGCAUGGGAGCCUAUUGUAAAUGUCCAUUAAUCAACGAUGCUGACCUUGAAUUUGCCCGACAAGAAAUCAUCGAAAGGGCAUUGACCGAGUUCAAGAAACGUGGCAUCAAAUAUUGUGGCGUUUUAUAUGCUGGUCUCAUGUUAACCGAAAAUGGACCACGAACACUUGAAUUCAAUUGUCGAUUCGGUGAUCCAGAAACUCAAGUCAUUUUACCGCUACUCGAAACGGAUCUGUACGAUGUCGUCGAAGCUUGUUGCAAUGGUCAAUUGAACCGCAUCGAUUUGAAGUGGAAAACUGGUAAAUCAGCUGUUGGUGUUGUUAUGGCGAGCGAAGGAUAUCCAGAUGCUCCAAUCAAUGGACGUAAAAUUCUCGGUCUACCGAAAACGGACACUGAAAAUCGUAUUGUUUUCCACAGUGGAACAACAAACGAUGGCACCGGCCAAUAUAUAACAAAAGGCGGACGCGUUUUAAUCAAUGUGGCCAUUGAAGAUAAUUUGUACAAUGCUGCAGCUGAAGCAACAAAAGGCGUUCAAGAGAUCCAAUUCACUGGACGUCAAUUUCGUUCGGAUAUCGCUCACAAAGCAUUUAAAAAAGGUGCAUUGUCAUACAAAGACAGUGGCGUCGACAUUGUUGCUGGUGACAAUUUGGUACAGUUAAUCAAGCCAAUGUCACGUGAAACACUGCGCAAAGGUGUUGUUGGUGGCAUUGGAGGAUUCGGUGGUUUGUUUCGUGUAAAUGAAUUGCAAUAUCCCGUGUUGAAUAGCGAACCAUUGGCAUAUAAAGAUCCAGUACUUGUUGAACGUACUUCGGGAGUCGGUGCCAAAAUGGCAAUGGCCAUUGACUGUAGCAUUUUCAAUACCAUAGGUUAUGAUUUGGUGGCAACGUGUGUCAAUCAAGUGGUGUCGACGGGCGCACAGCCGUUUGCUUUUCUCGAUUAUGUCGCGUGCGGCAAAUUAUUUGUUCCAGUCGUUGCGAACAUGGUGAAAGGUGUAUCUGAAGCAUGCAAAGCAGCAAAUUGUUCACUUUUGGGCGGUGAAACCGCUGAAAUGCCAUCUCUAUUCAAAAUUGGUACAUACGAUUUAGUGGGAUAUUCGAUUGGAUGCGUUGAAUAUGGCAAAGAAUUACCGCGUUACGAUUUAAUCAACGAAGGAGAUUCCAUCGUUGGAUUCAAAGCAAAUGGCCUACAUUGCAGCGGUAUCGAUGUUGUCUAUGACAUUAUGAAGGCACUGCAUAUUGAUUACUUUACAGCCGCACCAUUUUCAAGCGAAAAUAGAACAUACGCUGAAGAAUUUUUAAAACCAUCUCGUGUGUAUGUGCAACAAAUUUUACCAUUGAUUACAAGUGGAAACAUCAAAUCGGCUGCUUAUGUUACGGACACCGGUCUACAAGGAAGCAUUGAAGCCAUUUUAUCAACUCAAUAUGCCACUGACAUAAAUGUAUCAUCAUUGGAUGUUCCAUCGGUUUUCGGGUGGAUUCAUGCGAAAGCAAGUAACAUCACACCACAUAUGUUUGCAAAUAAAUUCAAUUUAGGCAUCGGUUUGGUUGCCGUCGUUUCAAAGGAAUGUUCGGCAUGGAAAUCUAUUGAUGGAGCUGUUGAAAUCGGCAAAGUAACUUCAUCUUCUCCUUCUGUCUCGGCUAGUAAACGUAUAAAUUUCUUGGGUUUAUCAGAGACUCUAACAAAACUAUCGUCAAAAUUCAAUGAUUCGAAGCAAGCAUGCAAUUUGAAAUUGACAACAAACUCAAAUGCCCAACUGAAAACAGGCGUCGAAAAACUUUUGAGUGGUACAAAUACCGACCAUGUUUAUGAGCAUUUUGGUUCGAAGUUUGUACGCCUCAACCCGAACGGUAAAAAAAUGUACAAUGAUCCCAUUCUGGUAAUCGGAGCUGAUGGUGUCGGAACAAAAUUAAAAAUUGCUCAAACUAUUGGUAAACAUGAUACAGUUGGUGUUGAUUUGGUUGCUAUGAGUGUAAACGAUAUUUUAUGCAAUGGAGCAAAACCGCUUACUUUUCUCGAUUACUACGCAUGCGAUCGAUUCAAUGAUCUGAAAUCGUUAGAUAUUGUAAAAGGCAUUGCCGAUGGAUGUGUGCUUGGUGAAUGUGCUUUGGUCGGCGGUGAUCCAAUUGAAAUACCACAAAUAUACACAACCACAGAUGAAUAUGAUUUGGCUGGUUUUGCAAUGGGAGUAGUUGAAAAUGGAAAAUUAUUGCCACGAGUCGAUGAAAUUGCCGACGGUGAUUGUAUAAUCGCUCUGCCAUCGAGUGGUGUGCAUAGUAAUGGUUUCAGUUUAGUGCAUAAAGUAUUGGCCAAAGCGAAUGCAACAUAUAACGAUGUAGCCCCGUUCAGUAAUUGUAAUCGAACAUUUGGCGAAGAAUUCUUAGCGCCGACCAAAAUAUACGUUGCUCCAAUUGUACCAUUGUUACUCGAAGGUAAAAUAAAAUCAAUUGCUCAUAUUACGGGUGGUGGCUUGCUUGAAAAUAUCCCCCGAGUGUUGCCCAAACAUUUGGCUGUUCAUCUUGAUGCGGAUAAAAUGUUUAUUCCGCCGAUUUUUGCUUGGCUCAGUGGAGAAGGUAACAUCGAAAAUACAGAACUUCAACGCACAUUCAAUUGUGGUAUAGGACUCAUUUUGGUUGUUAGUAAACAGCAUGCACUUGAACUUGAAUCUCGUUUGAAAUUCAACCUAAAUGCUAAAAUUGUUGGCGUUGUAAAACAACGUAAAACCAACGAAGAGCAUGUUGUGAUUGACGACCACAAAUUCACGAAAACUUUACAACGAACGAAAGACAUUCUGUUGAAACCCAAAAAACGUGUUGGCGUUUUGAUAUCGGGUAACGGAAGCAAUUUACAAGCACUUAUCGAUGCCACACGUAACACAAACUUUGGAAUCAAUGCUGAAAUUGUUUUGGUUAUUUCAAAUAAAUCCGAAGCAUUUGGUUUGAAACGCGCCGAAAAUGCAAACAUUCCAAAUAAAACGAUUUCGCAUUUGAGCUAUCGUUCGUGCGCUCAACCGAGAGUAGAAUUUGACCGUGCGUUGACGUCGGAAUUGGAAAAGCAUAGAGUCGAUAUCAUUUGUUUGGCUGGAUUUAUGCGAAUUUUAUCGGAAGAAUUUGUUCGCCAUUGGAAAGGACGAUUAAUCAAUAUUCAUCCAUCACUUUUGCCCAAAUAUCCAGGUUUGGAUGGACCGAAACAAGCAAUCGAAGAUAAUCCACGUGACACAGUUAGCGGCUGCACCAUUCAUUUUGUUGACGAAGGCGUCGAUACUGGCAAAAUUAUUUGGCAAGAAAUUGUACCGAUUUUUGAUAAUGAUACGCUUGAUGCGCUCACCGAACGCAUUCACAAAGCUGAACAUCAUGCAUUCCCACACGCUCUUCGUUUGCUUGCCAAUGAUUUGAUAAAAUUCUAAAAAAAGGUGAAAAUUUUUGAAAAUGACUGGAUUAUUGUUAAAUUUUCUACUGUUUUAGUAAAUAAAAUCAAAGUUGAAUCGAAAUUGACACCAAUA